GCCAUUACCCGAGCCAGAAUGGCGACGCGGGGAGUGAACGGCGCAGCAAGCGGGACGCUGAACGAGCGCUUCAUCAAGUGCGAGGGCUGCGGCGUGAACGUGCCCAAAGAGGACAUGCUGGAACUGAGCAAGUGCACGGUGUGUGGACGGCCGUAUGAGGUCGUGGUGACGGAUAAUGGCAGAGGGAUCGAGGUGGAGACCGUUGCGUUUGACGGCAUUGAAAUGGUAGAGGAAAAACUCAAGCGGAAACGCUGGGCGGUGCUAACAUCCAAGCGAGGACGAACUUAUUACCACAAUACGGAAACUGGUGAGGAUCGAUGGGAUAAGCCAGCGGAUCUGGACGCCGACGCCAUCGAAGACGCCUUUGUACCGUUCAAGAACGACGCGGUGAAGAAGGCAGUGCUACGUGAGCAGAUGAAAAUUGAGGCCACCAAGAUGGGCAUGCCCAUUGAGAUGGUGGCGGCCUCGCAGCAGCAAUUGCAGCAGGAGGCUGCGGCUGACGACAUUUUCGUCAAGCUCAGGAACAAGAACUCACUGGCUUUGACGAGUAGCGCCAAGCAUGAGGUCACGGUGCCACCUCAAAUUCAGGAGGUAGAGGAGGUGGACAAGGGACCAGCGCAGCAGCAGGCACAGAAUGGCGGCUCGUGCAUCGUCAUGUGAAUCACACUGUGAUUGGCAUGCUUAGUGAGCAGCGUGACAUGUGGACAGAUCGUCCACAGACGAUAAAGUACCGUACAUAGUGAAUCUUAUUUUUACCCAA